AUGUGUUUGAUGGUCAUUAAGUACGACAUUCCAAAGGUCUAUAGAGGUACUGUAUCUGAAGAAAUUACAAGUGUUAAAGAUUUCUUUGCUGAGAUUGAAAAGCGCUUUGUAAAAAGCGAAAAGGCGGAAGCAAGUGCACUUCUUCAAAGCUUGACUUCCAUGAGGUAUCAAGGCAAUAGAAAUGUGAGAGAGUACAUUAUGGAAAUGUCAAAUAUUGCUUCAAAACUUAAGGCGUUGAAACUUGAGUUGCAAGAAGACUUACUUGAGAAAUGGUCUCUUAAUGAGCUCAUUUCAUAUUGUGUUCAAGAAGAGGAGAGGCUGAAGCAAGAAAGGACUGAAAGUGCUCACUUAACCAGUACCUCUAAUGACUAA